GGCACUUGUUCUUUUAUUUAGUUAACCAAUCGAUUAUAUCUUUAAAGAUUUUUUUUAAAGAUUUAUUUAAUGUGAAUACUUCCUUCAUAAUGGACCACCUAACAUUGUACCUGGUGAUGAGGUGAAAAGAGUGGUGGCACUUUCUCUCAAGAGUGAUGGUAAUAUAUUCCCAUUGGAGCUACUGAAGUGAUUUAAAUAAAUUAUGCCUGUUAACGGUAUGCAUUACACCUCUGUGAACGAGAGUAGUUAUAAUCAUUCACUACAAAUCAUCAUGGGGAAUACAAGUACAGGUCCGCAGACGUCAGCUUUCCUACCAAAUAUAACAAACGGAUCAGACUUUUCCUCAAAGAAAAAUAAUACAGUUAUUAAUUCUGGAAUAAUGUUUGGGGCAGGGGUUUUGGGAAAUAUUUUAGCGCUUAUCGUCUUAAUUCGAUCCGGACCAGAACAAAGAAGGACUAUAUUUUACAGAUUGGUAGCCGGUCUAUGUGUGACUGACUUAUUAGGGACAACGUUGACAUCACCCGUUGUGAUAGCGGUAUAUGUGAAUAAUUUCCGAUGGAUAGGCGGAACGGCUAUGUGUAAUUAUUUCGGAUAUGUAAUGAUAAUGGCAGGGUAUGCCACAAUGUUGAUUGUAUGUAGUAUGUCUAUAGAACGGGUCGUAUGUAUAAAACAUCCACUUAUAUACAAUGCCAGGAAAUCUACAAAACAUGCUACAGUGAUUUUAAUAUUUUGUUGGACCUUAGCAGCUUUCAUGGCCGCUCUACCGUUUAUGGGUUUUGGCAAUGUAGUGCUUCAGUACCCAAGGACGUGGUGUUUCUUCGACUAUUAUACAAAAGAACCUGUUGACAAAGCAUUCAACUAUUUAUUUGCUAUAUUAGCAACUGUGAUUAUUUUUGUGACUGCUUGUUGUAAUUUAACUGUGAUAUGUACUCUUAUAAAAAGUCGACGUCGCCAAUGUCUACUGUCAGGAAAUAGCAGAAGAAACUAUUUUAGUUACUCUAAAAGAUUCACCGAAUGUCAGAUGUUAGUACAACUAGUAGGGAUUACUAUAGUGUUUAGUACUUGUUAUAUGCCUCUCAUGGCACGAGUCAUUAUAAACCAGACAGAACUGUUACCACGAAAUGUUCGAUUGGAUUUAAUCAUGAUUAGAUUCGCGUCACUCAAUCAAAUUCUAGACCCGUGGGUAUAUAUUUUAUUGCGGAGAGAAUUGCUAUGGAAAGUGAUAUCAGGCUUUAAAAUGUUGUGUCGUAUUAAACAAAACGAACCCGACGUUAUACCACAGAGACCUACCUUUGACAUAGAGAAAGAUACGUGUUGUAUAUUUUGUUAUCAUUGUUUGUGUGAUCCCCCUGUCAAACGUCCAAGAGCAGAAUCUACAUAUAUUACAACAUAUUAUGACUCAGAGCGUCGCCGCUCAACUCUGACGGCAUCGACCCCAAGUGGCAUUCGAAGAGGCUCAUUUAGCGAAAUGGACAGAGACGUUUAUCUUCUGUUGAGACAAGCACCACACCAAUACAACAGAGUUAUUAACACAUCACCAUCCUAACCCGAAUCAAUGUGUCAAACAACUCAUUCAUAACGCAAUGGCGAGUCCAUCCUACUGCUCAGUGGUCAAUGUUGUUCUAACCCGAAACAAUGUGUCGAACAACUUAAUAAUAACGCUAUUGCGAGUUCGUCCUACUGCUCAGUGGUCAAUGUUGUUCUUACCCGAAACAAUGUGUCGAAAAACUUAUUAAUAACACCAUGGCGAGUUCGUCCUACUGCUCAGUGGUAAAUGUUGUCAUUACCCAAAACAAUGUGUCGAACAACUUAAUAAUAACACCAUGGCGAGUUCAUCCUACUGCUCAGUGGUCAAUGUUGUUCUUUCCCGAAACAAUGUUUCGAAAAACUUAUUAAUAACACCAUGGCGAGUUCGUCCUACUGCUCAGUGGUCAAUGUUGUUCUUUCCCGAAACAAUGUUUCGAAAAACUUAUUAAUAACACCAUGGCGAGUUCGUCCUACUGCUCAGUGGUCAAUGUUGUUCUUUCCCGAAACAAUGUUUCGAAAAACUUAUUAAUAACACCAUGGCGAGUUCGUCCUACUGCUCAGUGGUCAAUGUUGUCCUUACCCGAAACAAUGUGUCGAAAAACUUAAUAAUAACACCAUGGCGAGUUCGCCCUACUGCUCAGUGGUCAAUGUUGUUCUUACCCGAAACAAUGUGUCGAACAACUUAAUAAUAACACCAUGGCGAGUUCGCCCUACUGCUCAGUGGUCAAUGUUGUUCUUACCCGAAACAAUGUGUCGAACAACUUAAUAAUAACACCAUGGCGAGUUCAUCCUACUGCUCAGUGGUCAAUGUUGUUCUUACCCGAAACAAUGUGUCGAACAACUUAAUAAUAACACCAUGGCGAGUUCGCCCUACUGCUCAGUGGUCAAUGUUGUUCUUACCCGAAACAAUGUGUCGAACAACUUAAUAAUAACACCAUGGCGAGUUCAUCCUACUGCUCAGUGGUCAAUGUUGUUCUUACCCGAAACAAUGUGUCGAAAAACUUAUUAAUAACACCAUGGCGAGUUCGUCCUACUGCUCAGUGGUCAAUGUUGUUCUUACCCGAAACAAUGUGUCGAACAACUUAAUAAUAACACCAUGGCGAGUUCGUCCUACUGCUCAGUGGUCAAUGUUGUCCUUACCCGAUACAAUUUGUCGAAAAACUUAUUAAUAACACCAUGGCGAGUUCGUCCUACUGCUCAGUGGUCAAUGUUGUUCUUACCCGAAACAAUGUGUCGAACAACUUAAUAAUAACACCAUGGCGAGUUCAUCCUACUGCUCAGUGGUCAAUGUUGUCCUUACCCGAAACAAUGUGUCGAAAAACUUAAUAAUAACACCAUGGCGAGUUCAUCCUACUGUUCAGUGGUCAAUGUUGUUCUUACCCGAUACAAUUUGUCGAAAAACUUAUUAAUAACACCAUGGCGAGUUCGUCCUACUGCUCAGUGGUCAAUGUUGUUCUUACCCGAAACAAUGUGUCGAACAACUUAAUAAUAACACCAUGGCGAGUUCAUCCUACUGUUCAGUGGUCAAUGUUGUUCUUACCCGAUACAAUUUGUCGAAAAACUUAUUAAUAACACCAUGGCGAGUUCGUCCUACUGCUCAGUGGUCAAGUUUGUCCUAACUCGAAACAACGUGUUUAACAUCUUAAUAACGACGCCAUAGAACCAUUCUUAUCUUCGUUUCUUUCCCUGGGUAUUAUGGGCUUAGAAUCCAGACAAGGUAACCAACCAAAUGGAAAGAUUAGCCGGGGUAUUUUACAACAGUAUAAUAUCAUACAGAACAUAGCUGAGAGGGUGAUAGAGCAGAUUGCUACUCAGAGAAAACAUUGUCAACUAAGGAGAAGCCAAGGACUUGUGUACCUAAAUUUAUAUGUUGAAUUUGGAAAGAGUCUGAAAUACUAUACAAUAUUUUUUAGUUGCUAAGGGGUCAGCUGAAGCCAGCAUCCGAGCGCGGGCGGCGUUGAAGACCCAUUGGCGGCCAUAGGCUGUUUUCUGCUCUUUGGUCUGAUUGUUGUCUCUCAUAUAUAUAUAUAUAUUCUCUGUUUCAUUUUUUAUUCUAUCUAAAUUAUGUUAAAGAAUUUUCAACAGUAUUAGACAUGGUUAUUCAUCAUUAAACAUAUAUUGUAUUGCUCACUGCCAUUGUCACAGAAAAAAGAAUAUUAUAAUGUUUUUUGUGUAUUAAAGAAAAUCUGAAAACUUAA